CUCGCACUCCCAUCUCUUCGGAUCACCAGUGCAAUCCUUUGUCUGAAAGAUGAACUGCAUCAACAAUGGAACCAUGGCCGCCAUGGCAGCAGCCCUCGCCGCCAACUCCACCAUGUCGUCCGAUAAGACACAGAUGCGCCUCUACCUCGAUAGACUCAAGGCCAUGGUGCCUCAGUGUCCCAAGAACCGCAAGGUGUCCAGACAGGAGCUCAUCGAACACGUCAUCAACUACAUCAGCGACCUCGAGGACACCCUCCAGUCAGACUCGGAUUCAGAGGCCGACAGUCCUCCAGCGAGUCCUACCACUGACUUCAGCUUCAGCGACUCCUUCAACCAGUAUGCCCAAUAUAGUGGCUACGACCAGCAGUCUCAGUUAAGUGGCUACACUCAAGACUCUCAUCUCAGCGGCUACAGUCAGCAGCCCCAGUUCGGAGACUCGUUCAAGCAGCAGCCCCAGUACGGCGGUUACGGAACGCAGCCUCACCAGUACUCCAGCAGCAGUACAGCCAAGAAAACUCCAUGA